AUGACCAACUGGCCCGAUGUCCACAUCAAGGCCGCCCCAGGCGUUCCCUUCCACACCCCGGCCCAAAGCCCACCCGCCGGCACUGCGCGCAACCCCCAAACAUCCGGGAAGCCCAUUCCCAAGCUCUUUCAACCUUUGACGGUCCGAGGCAUGAAUUUCCAAAACCGUCUCGGUCUCGCCCCCAUGUGUCAAUACAGUGCCCCUCCAGAAGGCGCCACAGCAGGCCAAAUGACCCCAUGGCACCAAGCUCAUUAUGGAUCAAUUGCGCAGCGCGGACCGGGUUUAAUGAUUAUUGAAGCCACCGGUGUCCUCCCCGAAGGCCGAAUCACCCCUGGCUGUCUCGGAUUGUGGAACGAUUCGCAGAUCGCCCCACUCAAGGCGGUUGUUGACUUCGCACACAGCCAAGGACAGAAAAUUGGAAUUCAGCUCGCCCACGCCGGCCGCAAAGCGUCCACGCUUCCGCCCUGGAUGGGCGGAGCCACUGCUACCAAUGCUGUUGGUGGAUGGGUGGAUAACGUCAAGGCCCCGAGCGCUAUUCCUUUCUCCCCGAAUGAUAUUGUGCCGAAGGCCAUGACUGCGCAGGAUAUCGAGGAAUUGAAGUUGGCCUGGGAAUCUGCCACCAAGCGCGCUGUGAGUGCCGGCGUUGACUUCAUCGAGAUCCAUGCUGCGCACGGCUAUCUGCUUUCCUCAUUCCUGAGUGCGUCUUCCAACAACCGCACCGACCAGUAUGGCGGUAGCUUCGAAAACCGUACUCGUCUCCCACUCGAGGUUGCGCAGUUGACUCGCGAUACUGUCGGUCCUAACAUGCCCGUCUUCAUUCGUGUCUCUGGCACAGAUUGGCUUGAAAACAGCAUGCCCGGCGAGCAAGGCUGGAAGCUGAACGAUACUGUCGACUUUGCUCGCCUUCUUGCUGAGCAAGGCGCCAUCGAUCUGAUCGAUAUUAGCUCCGGUGGUGUUCAUGUAGCACAGAAGAUCACAAGUGGGCCAGCUUUCCAGGUCCCUCUUGCUGCGGCUGUAAAGAAGGCCGUUGGAGAUCGGAUGCUGGUUGCGGCCGUUGGUAUGAUCAACCAUGGUGACCUUGCUGACAAGAUCCUGCAGGAGGAUAACUUGGAUGUGAUUCUCGUGGGACGGGCAUUCCAACGAGACCCCGGUCUUGCGUGGGCCUUUGCUAAGGAUCUGGACGUGGAGAUCGCGAUGGCCGGUCAGAUUCGGUGGGGCUUCACUAGCUUCCGGAAUGCGUCCGAGUAUAUUCAGCCUAACUCGAUGAAGGCUAGCAUCUUUGACUGA